ACGUGUCCUGCUCUCAGCUCACGGUUCCCGAGAGCAGUGAUUCCGGGUCAGGGAGAGUCCAAUAUGGCGGCGAACAGUGGCCGCUGAUCUCGCCAUGUCCGCUCUCGGCCUGUAUGACCGGCACUGCGACUCCAUCAACUCAGACUUCGGGGACUCGGUGCGGAGCUGCGGGGCGGAGCAGGAGGAGCUGCACUACAUCCCUAUCCGUGUCCUGGGACAUGGCGCCUACGGGGAGGCCACUCUCUACCGCAGAACCGAGGAUGACUCAUUGGUGGUAUGGAAGGAGGUCGGAUUGGCGCGGCUGUCGGAAAAGGAGCGGCGUGAUGCGUUGAACGAGAUUGUCAUCCUGUCCCUCUUGCAGCAUGAUAACAUCAUUGCUUAUUACAACCACUUCCUGGAUAGCAGCACCCUGCUGAUUGAACUGGAGUACUGUAACGGUGGGAAUCUGUUCGACAAGAUUGUGCGGCAGAAGGAUCAGCUGUUUCAGGAAGAGCUGGUGGUCUGGUAUCUAUUUCAGAUCGUGUCCGCGGUGAGCUGCAUCCAUCGUGCGGGAAUUUUGCACAGGGACAUCAAGACAUUAAACAUCUUUUUAACCAAAGCCAACCUGAUUAAGCUGGGAGAUUACGGGCUGGCCAAGCAACUCAACUCCGAGUUCUCCAUGGCAGAAACGUGUGUGGGCACCCUGUAUUACAUGUCUCCGGAGUUAUGCCAAGGGGUAAAGUACAGCUUUAAGUCGGACAUCUGGGCAGUGGGAUGUGUCCUGUAUGAGCUGCUGACUCUGACCAGGACGUUCGAUGCGACGAACCCGCUCAAUCUGUGUGUGAAGAUUGUACAAGGAAACUGGGCUGUGGAGUUGGACAACAGCGUGUACUCUCAGGAUCUGAUCGAUGUGGUGCAUGCCUGCCUGCAGCAGGACCCCGAGAGGAGACCUACUGCUGAUGAGAUCCUGGAGAGACCUGUGCUGUGCCGGCGGAGGAGAGACAUGGAAGAUCAGGUAGUGCUGCUGAACAGAUCCAACAAGAGACCCAGGCCGGGAACUGUUACAGAGGCCCCUGUUGCAGUGGUCACAUCUCGGAGCAGUGAAGUCUAUGUAUGGGGUGGUGGGAAGUCCACUCCACAGAAGUUGGAUGUGUUCAAGGGUGGUUGCCGUGCGCGGCAGGUUUGUGCUGGAGACGCUCAUUUUUCGGUGGUCACGGUGGAGAAGGAGCUGUACACUUGGGUGAACAUGCAGGGCGGCUCAAAGCUGCUCGGACAAUUGGGGCAUGGAGACCGCGCCUCGUACCGACAACCAAAACAUGUGGAGAAGCUACAAGGAAAAUCUGUGCAACAAGUCAGCUGUGGCGGAGAUUUCACCAUGUGUAUUACAGAUGAGGGGCAGCUGUACUCUUUUGGCUCUGACUAUUACGGGUGCCUCGGUGUGGGCCAGAGCUUAGGGUCGGAGGUUCUGGAGCCAAUAUUGGUGGACUUCUUCCUGCAUGAGCCAGUGGAACAGGUCUCAUGUGGCGAUAGCCAUGUGAUGGUGCUGACAAGGAGCAAAUCUGUGUACUCGUGGGGAUGUGGCGAGUAUGGACGCCUGGGCCUGGACUCCGAAGAUGAUGUCUCUAUGCCUCAAAAGGUGGAAGUUCAGCGUGGUCUCUGCAUCGUGAGCGUUAGUUGUGGCUCGGAUGGCAGCUUUCUUCUGACGCAGUCCGGUAAAGUUCUCGCCUGUGGUUUGAAUGAGCACAACAAGUUGGGUCUAAAUCAGUGUACAGCUGGGAUCAUUAACCACGAGCAGGCCUUCCAUGAAGUGCCAUACACCACGUCACUGACUCUCGCCAAGCAGCUGUCCUUCUAUAAGGUCCGCAGCAUCUCCCCGGGAAAGACCCAUACUGCGGCCAUUGAUGAGCGUGGCCGGCUUUUGACAUUUGGUUCCAACAAGUGUGGACAGUUAGGAGUAGGAGACUACCGGAAGCAUUUGGGCAUCAAUCUUUUGGGAGGACCUCUUGGGGGGAAGCAGGUCAUCAGAGUGUCAUGUGGCGACGAGUUCACUAUUGCAGCCACAGAUGAUAAUCACAUCUUUGCCUGGGGUAAUGGUGGAAAUGGGCGCCUGGCCAUGACCCCAAAUGAGCGGCCUCAAGGUUCUGACAUCUGUACCUCGUGGCCUCGUCCGAUUUUUGGGUCAUUACAUCAUGUGCCUGAUCUGUCUUGCCGUGGCUGGCAUACCAUCCUUAUUGUGGAGAAAGUUCUGAACUCCAAAACGAUCCGUUCAAACAGCAGCGGUCUCUCCAUUGGAACACUUGCCCAGAGCUGCUCAUCGGGAAGCUCUGCCGGAGGUGAGGGUGAUAGCGCACGCGAGUCACUGUCUUGCGAGCCCAGUGAGGGGUUCCGCGGAACCAUGGAGGCAGAACCAGAGACCAGCCCGUUUAAUGCCACUGAAAACAUGGAGAGCAGCUCCUGUCCCAGCUGGCUCCGGCAGGAGCUUGAAGAAGCAGAAUUCAUCCCGAUGCCGGAGACCCCGUCACCUGUAAGUAUGGAGUCCCGGGAUGUGUCCACCUCGCUACAAGAUCUGAGAGAGACCCCGGCGCAGGUGCUGGAGGAGAUGUCCGAGCCUCCUGGGAAGAAGGCCUUGCAAGACCCCCAUAUCUGUGUGUGCAGCGCUCUGCAGGAAGAGGUGAGGAGACUGCAGGGGAUAGUACUGUCCUGUGUCAGCGAGCAGGAGAACCUGCGCCGGGAAAACGCUAGCCUUACUGUACAAGUGCAGGAGCUUGGGGACAAACUGCAGACAGUCGUACAGCAGGGUCAGGCGCUCACCAAACAAGGAGAAGCCAUUCAGGUGCUGCAGAGACAGGUGGCGCUGUGUAUGAAAGGAGUAUCCACAGCUGUGAGCGGCGUUGAGACAGCCAGGGAAGAUUCUGAUGCAGAGUCCUGGUGUUUCUUGGGGUCGGACCCCUGUCGCUCUGCCUCGGGUACCCCAAUGUGAUAUAUGGACAGCGUGCAGUCCCUGCACUGGAUGGAGAGACUUGUCAGUGCCUUAUAUGAGCACAAAGCUGAACUCUGCACCCACAAUGUGCCAGGAAGGCAGUGGAACCUCGUCGGGGUAUAUUUUAUUACUGGACUGGACUGGUUUUGCCAAAGAUGUACAGGCUCUAUGAUAAUGAUGAUGAUUUGGUCACUGCCGGUGCAGUGGGCAAGAGUGUUCCUUUAGCACGAGCCACACUGUAGCAGGCUGCAAGCACUUGCAGUGUGUAUUCAGUAUUCAGUGAUGCUUCCAGGCCGUUUCUCACAGUAAAAUGUGAAAUAAAACACUGUGUGAACCUGUA